GCGCAUUAAUUCAUCUCUUUUUCCAUUUUUCCAUGCUCUAUGUUCGCUCUGUUUGGGAGAGUUUAACCACGUAUUGCGCUCCCGCAUAUACUCCCAGGCCUCUCCAAACCACAUGGACCUAACUACAACUUUUACCAACGUCUCCUAUUGCUACUCUACUUUGCUCAAACUUACAUUCUCUACGAAACGAAACACAUUAUCAAUUAUGGCUUGCUUUAUUCCUACCAGCUGUACCAUCACCAAAGCCAUCCACCCUUUUCCUCUCCCGCCGUCACCCCCUAUCACCCCCGUUACCUCCCUCCUUUCUGAAAUCGACUCAGCUUCCAACAAACGCAGCUGCAGUAUUAUCAGGAAUGACGGGAUUUUCGAGCCGAGAGAGGGGGAUAUGAAGACGAAGUACGGAAGCAUGUCGGCGCUGAUGAGGGAGGUGAUCGCGAUCCAGGAGUUGAGGAAUGAACGUAUCAAGGUCCAUCGCGGGAUCGGGCGACUCAUCAAGGACUAUAAAAAUGAGUUUGAGAAGAAAAUUGUCGAGAUCAAGGACAACCCUGGGGAUGUAUGCGCCUCGAAUACGGAGUCACUUACCACUCAGCGUGCGAAGGUGCAGGACGGGUUCAGAAACGCACUGAAUGCCAGAAAAGAACAUCUGCAUGCGCUCAGUACCACGUUAAACUCGGUCAAGGCGACGCUUGCCGGCGUCAAGGCUAGGAAUGCGGACUUGCGUGCGAAGAUCCGGGAGGAGUAUUUUGACAGCACCACUUCAGGAACAUCUCGCCCGAGUUCUUUCACCCAGUGUUGCUCACCCCUCACUCUGCUCAUGUCAACGCCUCAGCAGAUGCCCAAUAUCGAAGCUUGUAUCGCGGCGGACAAGCCUGAGUACACGGAGGUCGUUACUCCCACGCCUGGCAUCAUGAUCGAACCCACGUCGCCGACAACCCGCAAACUUACCCGUCCUGCGAAGGGAUCUCUCGAAGAAUUUCUUUUGCUUGAGAAAGUCUUGUGUGGAGCGCCUACUCGGAACAUCGACGCGGAUGCGGGAACCGCCGAGACUCAGGAGCUGGAGAGCGAGAGAAUCAACCCAGUGUCGGAGGAGGAGAGAAGAGUUGUUAGAGAAAUGUGGGAGGAGGGGAUAGUUAGUGUUGCCUGGCCUGGUGAUUGUAACGGUAUCCACUAA